AUGGGCGCCAAGCAGAGCGGCCCGGCCGCCGCUAACAGUCGCACCCGCGCCUACUCUGGCUCGGAUCUGCCUUCCAGCAGCGGAGGAGGAGCCGACGGGGCCGCGGGCGGCGCUGGCGGGGCUCGGGCCGGGGCUGCGGGCAGGUUUCCGGCCCCGGAGUCCGGCGCGCAGUCCUCAGGCGCUUCGGGCGGCGCGGCGGCGGCGGCCCCGCGCAGCCGCUCCCUCGGCGGGGCAGCGGGCAGCGGGGCGGCGGGAGCCCGCGCCGCGCACUCCUCGGUGAGCAUCCCCGGCGGCGGCGGCCCCUACGGUUCGCAGGACUCGGUGCACAGCAGCCCGGAGGACCGGCCGCCGGGUGGGGGCCCUGGCGGGCAGCGCCUGGUGAUCGGCUCCCUUCCCGCGCACCUCUCACCGCACAUGUUUGGAGGAUUUAAGUGCCCUGUAUGCUCAAAAUUUGUACCCUCAGAUGAAAUGGAUUUACAUCUUGUGAUGUGUUUAACAAAGCCAAGAAUAACCUAUAAUGAGGAUGUGCUGAGUAAAGACACUGGGGAAUGUGCAAUAUGCCUUGAAGAAUUACAGCAGGGAGACACAAUAGCACGACUGCCUUGCCUGUGCAUAUAUCAUAAAGGCUGCAUAGAUGAAUGGUUUGAAGUAAAUAGAUCUUGCCCUGAGCACCCUUCAGAUUAAGCAUCAGAUUUCUGUUUGAAAGGUUUUCUUGUCUUUUCAAGAUGCUCGAAAAUGUAGAGGACUUGAAGAUCUGUCUCUGGAUAAACAACACUGCAGGCUUACUCGGCCAGAACUCUGAGUUCUGUGAGACUGGGUAUUACAAAGAUGGACAGUGGCUCAGGAAAAUAUCCUGCUGAGUAGAGGCCUGUCAUCACAGACCACCAUGCACCAAACUCGCAUAAAGGGACACACAGGGAUUUUGAAAAUGCUGCACAUCCCUUAACAGACAUCCACACCGAUAAUCCUGAUAAACAUUUUGUAUUCAGACGCCAAAGUUAACUAAUUUAAAAGUUGAUUUACCUUUUAAGUUCACUAGGGCUCAAAACUAGCUGUGUUUUAAUUUGUUUUGUUUGCUUAGUUUGGGGUCUCUUUAUUUUCCCCAACAUGAUGUUUCUGCAUUCAUCUGUUCUUAAAUUGAAAACCACAUAAUCUACUCCUUACAAAGUCUUCAGUGUGAAACCAAGAAGUGUAAUCAAGCAGUAAAACAUUGUCUGGAUGGAGACCAUGAUCUCAAGUUAUUCCAUUUUUUCCAAGUAUGGAAAAUAGACUUCUGCAUAAUAAAGCUAAAAUGUUAAUAUUUUUAAAUUAAAGGUUUAAUAUUACCAGAAUGCCAUCCAAAGAAUAAAUCAAGUUCCAUAAUUACAUUUUAAUUAAAUGUAGAAUUGUCUACUGAAUUGCAGCUUAUGAAAUAUAUUGUUUCCUCUUAAAUAAACUGCUCAACAGCUAAUUAGCAUUGAAUCAUCGUGAGCUAUGCAACUUUUUAAAAGAUACAAAUUACCAAUCUUAAGUGCUGCCAGCUAUAAUAACUUUAACGGGUAUUUUUUUGUUUGUUCUCUUCAUGUAAUUAUUUUGUUAUUCUGCUUUGCAUCUCCAGGCAGUUUUCCCACAUUUGGGUUUAGCAUGUUGUAACUUUAACAACUUAUAGUAAGGGUAAAAUGAACUCUGCUGGAGUGGAACUUGGAAUAAUUUGAGGGAUUUUUAUAUAUUUAAAAAAUUGGAAUUUAAUUGAGAUGCCAGAAUUACAGCAAUUUGCAUCUUUAAUUUUCCAGAUAACCUGGAAGUUAGUGUUUUUAAAACAAUUUUUAAAGCAAAUACAAAGAUUUUUGUUAAUUUAUAAGUUAUUAAUGUGUUACUACUGUAAUUGAAAACAUUGCAAAGACUUUAAAUUGAGUCUUGUAUUGAAAUGUAUUGAAAAAUUAUGUGAAUAAAUAUUCCCACAAAAUACAUCUGAAUGGUUAAAAAUACUGGAAAAGGAUUAUCAGGGCUAUAAUAGUGAAUGUGAUUUUUUUUAAUAUGAAAAUACCAAGAAGUCAAUUUCACAUUUUCAACAGAGGGAAAAUGUUAUCCAUGAGCAUUUAGGCACGGCACUUGGUAUGAUUGACAAUGACACCAUGCUGUCUCCCUUGACAUAAUGAGGUAUUUGCUGUUUCAUUUAAAGCUGCUACACACACCACACACACAUACACCACACACUACACAGCACACCACACCACACCCAGCUUAUUCCCCCUGCUGUUGUUUCUGUUUUCUACAGGGCAAGUGCAGAAGCAGCAGGUAUACUCAGACACAUUUAUGUAAUGCUUCAUGAAUCAUUCUUAAUGGAAUUUUUAGUUAUUUGUGAUUUUAGAUAACAUUUUCCCUGGUUAUGCUGUGAAAUGCUUUUUGAUACACUGCAAUUGCUGAAAGAAUCCAAAACCUCCAUUGUGACAGCUGAGAGCACAGUUUCAUAGGUGCUUUUAAAAAAGAAAAUAGUUGUGGAAAUUUAUUAUUCAUUCAAGUGAAAUAUAUUUUCCUUAAGUUUUUUUAGUUAUGAAAUUAUCAUUUGACUUUGUUUUAUUUCAUAUUCGUAUUUUCAUUUCUACAAGCUUUUUGCCCCUUCCCCUCAUUCCUGAAGGAAAAACUCUUGGAAUGUGAAUAAUUAAUUUGUUUUCUACUACUGUAUAUUAUGAUUAAAAAUUACUUGGUUGUCUUCCA